UCUCCUGGGGAGCAUUGACUAUGAGGGCUCUGGAUCCCCUGCCAGCGAACCAGAGCUGAGCUUUGUUCCCAGGAUCAUCAAUAGGACAGACACUCUUCCUGGAUCCUUGCCCUGGCUUGUGACUGUGAUGACUGUCAGUAGGAUCCAGUUAUGUUGGGGCGCCCUGGUCAACGAGAGCUGGGUGAUCACCGCCGCCCACUGCAAUGUCACGACAUCUGACUGGGUUGUGGCUGGGCUGUAUGACCCUUCCUCAGGUAGGAAAGACAUCCAGAUCCUGAAGGUUGCCCAGGUUAUUCUCCACCCCCAACUGAAUCUGAGUGCUACUGACAAUGACGUCGCUCUGCUGAAGCUGGCAAGGCCUGCCCGCUUAUCCACGCCAGUGUACCCAGCAUCCCUGCCCACAGCUUCUGACCACUUCCGCCCUGGGCACCUGUGCCUCACACUGGGCUUCAUGUUUCCCCAGCCUUAUGCCAGCAAGCACCCCAAGGAACUGCAGGAGGCUAUGAUGACCAUCCUGACGAACAUCAAUUGCAGGAAAUACGGGGGCACAAUAAACACCGAUGCCAACAUCUGUGCUGGGACAAAUGGCGUCUCCUGCUGGGAAGUCGACUUUGGAGCCCCCUUGGUCUGUAGGAAGAAGAAAGUCUGGACCCUGGCGGGGGUCAAGUCAUUUAUGAGUGAAACCUGCCCCACCCUUAAACCUCUGGUGUUCACCCGGAUCACCAAGAUUGUACCAUGGAUUCAGGAGACCAUGGCCAACAACUGAGCCCUGAUCCUCCCCUUCCUUUGCUCUUUAUCCCCAAUA